AUGAAGGCAACCCUCUUCUACCUCGCCGUGAGCUGCCAGCUCACCGGCGCCCUCGCGGGCCCCAUCGAGACUCCGUACAUGCCGGUGACCCUGGCCGACUAUGGCACCUUUUCGGGGCUCGUCGUGACCGAAACCUUUACGGGCAAGUCGCUCCCGUCGCCGGUGGACGCCUGGCUCGGCAUGGACUACGCGACGCAGCCGGUUGGCGACAACCGCUUCCGCGCCGUCGGCUGGCCGGCCCCCUUUGAUGGGAUCAAGCCCGCCAUCGAGUUCAAAAAGGCUUGCCCACAGGCCGUCACCGAGGUCCUGCCCAAUAAGGACCAAGCCGAAGACUGCCUGCAGUUUAACGUCUGGCGGACCCCAGGUGUUCCUUUGGACGAGAAGCUCCCCGUCAUGAUCUGGUUCAUGGGGGGAGCAUUCAACCGCGGCAACCAGAAGCUUUUCGACGGCGGGAGCUUCGUUGCCAACUCGCCCAAGCCCAUGGUUUUUGUGUCGUUCCAUCAUCGCAUCGGCGCUCUGGGGUUCCCGACCAGCGACCUUUUCGAAAGGCAUGACGGCCUCAACCUGGGAGUCAGAGAUUCGAGGCUGCUGCUCGAGUUUGUGCAGAAGCACAUAUCCAGCUUCGGAGGUGACCCUGAUACCGUCACAAUUGGUGGACUGAGUGCUGGUGCUCAUGGUGUCGGAAUCCAACAUAUCGGUAACAACAGCGACUCGGCAGUAAAGCCCCUGUUCGCGCGCGUGUACUACGAGUCCGGCUCUUCGACCGCUCGCGCCUUCCCCGGUGUUGACUAUCCCAUGUAUCAGAAGCAGUUCAGCGAGUUCCUGGAGCUUACUGGUUGCAACAGCGCUGGAGACGAUGACGAGGCCACAAUCGCCUGCCUACGUGCAAUCCCCUGGGACGCCCUUCGCGAUGCCUCGGUGGGCAUCUUUAACCGGUACGACAAGGCCGUCACGUGGCCGUGGCAACCGGUUCAAGGAGGUCCUCUAUUUGCCAAAUCAGGCUCUCAGUCCAUGAUCGACGGUACCUUUUACCACGUGCCAGUCAUCUCCUCCUCCACGACGGAUGAGGCCAGACGGUACAUCCCGGGCAACCUGGAAACCGACGAGGAGUUCCUGGACUUUAUGCACAACAUCUCACCGGCCUUGACGGAGGACGACAUGGAGCUCAUGGCCAAACUGUACCCAGACCCAGCCACGGAUCCAAACUCUCCGUACAAAAACAGCAUAAACAGCACGCAGUUCAGCCGCCUGUCGGACGCGUGGAGCGACUACGCCUACAUCUGCCCGUCGCAGGAGAACUCGUACCGCAGCGCCGCGGCCGGUCUCCCGGUCUGGAAGUCGCGCUGGAACGCGGGCGACAACCUCCCGGCCUGGAGGGGCAUCCAGCACGCCACGGACAUGAGCUACAUCUGGGCCGAGCCCACGGUGGAGUUCCCCGAGCUGGGCAAGGCGCAGCACGCGUACAUUGCGAGCUUUGCGCUGACCGGCGACCCAAACACCUACCGUCUCGCCGGGUCGCCCGAGUGGCCAAAGUACAAGCCCGAGGGCUACGGCAUCGAGAGCGCGGCGCCGGACCAGCUGGUCAUGAACCCCGGUGGGCCCGAGAUCGAAAAGGAUGACGCCAGGCGCGAGGCUUGUCUGUUCUGGCGGGACCCCGAGAGGGCUCCGAGGCUGAACAAAUGA